ACUGAUGGAGAAUAUGAUAAAGAACAAUUGAGAAUUCUAAGAAAUGCUUUUAAAGCUUUUGACCACGACGGUGCAGGAUGGAUAGAGCAUGCAGAUGUAUCCAGCAUUCUUGAAAUAUUGGGUCAGAAAUUGGAGCCGCCAGCGGUUAAAGCUCUAAUUAAAGAGGUCGAUAAAGGAGCAUCAGGUAAAUUAGAUUUCAGCCAGUUCUGUAAACUGGCCGCCCGCUUCAUUGAAGUUGAGGAAGAUGUAGGAGCCCUUCAAAAUGAGUUAAAAGAGGCCUUUCGUGUAUACGAUAAAGAAGGAAAAGGAUAUCUAACAGUUGCAACACUAAGGGGUAUUCUUCACGAACUAGACGAUAAACUGUCUAACCAAGACUUAGAUAUGAUCAUAGAAGAAAUCGAUGCGGAUGGGUCCGGAACUGUUGAUUUUGACGAAUUUAUGCAAGUUAUGACAGGUUAACCUGGAGUAAUAUUUCUCAACACGUGUUUACAAUGGCGGUCAAUGGACAUGAUCUUUAAAUGUGUUAUAUAAUAUUAAUUAUUCUCAAAAAUUA